AUGUCUUUUCAGGAUGUUUUGAAAAGAGGAGAUGAUUUCUUGAAUGAUUACCCAAGAACAAAUCCAUUAUGGAAUUAUGCAUCUCAUGCAACAUGUCUUUUCAUGAUAGCGGGAUCUAAAAUAAUACUCAACACUUUAUAUAAACCUUUUGUUCAUAAUAUUGAAAAAUUAGAUGAUGCAUUAGCGAAGGCUCAACAAGAGAAAAGAGGUUUGUUAACUGUAAUGAAUCAUAUGUCAGUUGUUGAUGAUCCAGCUUUUUAUGCUGCAUUACCAUGGAGAUAUCAUUUUGAUAUUGAUACCAUACGAUGGGGUUUUGGAGCUCAUAAUAUAUGCUUUUCAAAUACUAUACAAAGCUGGUUCUUUAAUUUGGGAAAAAUAUUGGGUACUAAAAGAUUUGGAGUUGGACCAUUUCAAGAUUCUUUAGAUGCUGCUAUUAGAAUUUUAAGUCCUGAUGAUACUUUAGAUUUGGAAUUUACACCUGGAGUUAAGGAUAUUCAAAAACCAAAUCUUUUACAAACUGUUAAUAAUGUUCAUGAUCAGAGAAACACAGAAUUAGUCAAAUUCAUAAAGCCAACGCCGGAAUCCACUAAUGUUUUGAUGUCGAAAAAUCCAUUUAUAAGAUCAAAAACUUCAUGGUUUCAUGUAUUUCCAGAAGGAUUUGUUUUGCAAUUACAAGAACCUAAUCAAAAUUCAAUGCGAUAUUUCAAAUGGGGUGUGUCUAGGUUGAUUUUAGAAUCUACAAGAGCACCAGUAGUAGUACCAAUUUUUUCAUAUGGAUUUGAGAAAGUGGCUCCAGAAGAUGCAGCUGAUGAAGGGAUAAAAAGAUGGCUACCUGCCAAUUUAGGAGCUGAAAUUCAUAUGACUAUUGGUGACGCUUUACCCGACAAUGUGAUUGAAUCAUACCGUAUAAAAUGGAGGAAUUUGGUGGCGAAAUACAUUGACAAAUCCAACCCUAACGAUUUAUCACAAGAAUUGAAAACAGGCAAAAAAGUAGAAGAAUUAAGAAGUUCACUAGCUUCAUAUUUAAGAGAAAAUGUAUUGGCUAUACGGAGUACUAUACCAAGUUUUAAUAAAGAGGAUUCAAGGUUUAAAGAUCCUAAAUUUUGGAAAACUUUUACUAACACUGAAGGUAUGAGUGAUCCAGAUGUUAAAUUUGUCGGCAAAAAUUGGGCAAUAAAAAGAUAUCAAUCUCAUUUACCUGAAUAUAAUCCAGAGGAUAAACCAAAUAAUGUAUAA